AUGACCCAGUGUUGUCCUAAAUUCUGGGCUCGCUACGUGGAUGAUACAUUUUUCAUCAUCAAGAGGAGCCAAAAAGCUGGUUUUUGGGGCAUACUUAACUCUGUGUGCGUGGAUUUGCAGUUUACGGAAGAAGAAGAACACCAGGAAGAGAAAGAUGGGAAGAUCUACACUGGGAAGGAAAAGUUGGAGAGUUUACCAUUGACCCUCUUUGACACAAGCAGGAUGCUCACUCAGAAUUACCAGCACAUCCUGGCCUUGGCAUUUGCUGUGAAGGAAAUAAAUGAGAAUGCCCAACUCUUACCCAAUGUGAGUUUAGGCUUCCACAUUUUAAACAGCCAUUUCUUUGCAAGAUGGACCUAUCUUGCUUCUAUGGAACUACUAUCCACAAAGGACAAAUUCAUUCCUAACUACAAAUGUGAUUUUCGUAAUAACAUUGUGGGAGUCAUUGGGGGACCUAAUUCUCAAGUCUGUCUCCACAUGACAAACAUCCUGAGCACCUACAAAGUACCUCAGAUUAUUUACGGAUCAUCUCCAAUAAUAGAAGACAAAACAAAAGAAGAUUUCUUCCACCAGAUGUUUCCAAAUGGGACCCAUCAAUUUAUGAGGAUCCUAGAGUUGCUGCUACAUUUCAAGUGGACCUGGAUUGGUGUAAUUGCCCAUAAUGAUGACAACGGAGAAAUAUUUAAGCAGAAUAUUCUUCCCAUAUAUUCUCAGCAUGGUAUCUGUGUGGACUUCUUAGAAACAAUGCCCAAAAUGUCUUUUUCAGGAGAUGUUGCUGAGGCAACAAUGGAAUGGUUUUCAACUUCACAUGUUGUCACAGGAAGUACAGCCAAUAGUGUUAUUAUACAAGGUGAACUGCAUACUAUUAGCAUCUUAAGAUCAAUUUUCCACUUUGCACAAUUUUAUGAUAUAGCAAUUGAUAGCCGAGUGUGGAUCAUGACAGCCCAGAUGGAUUUUGCUUCUCCUGGUUUUCUAAGAGAUUGGGACAUACAUUGCCUCCAUGGAGCUCUGUCCUUUGCAAUUCACACAAACUCACCUACAGGGUUCCAGAACUUUCUGAGAGAAAGAAAUCCUAUUUCAGAAAAUAGAGAUAGCUUUAUUAGAGUCUUGUGGAAAGAAGCAUUUAAUUGUGAUUUCUCAAAUUCCACUCUAGAAGAGAAACAUAAGGAGGCCUGCACCGGGGAGGAAAAAUUGGAGAGUCUACCUGUGACCCUCUUUGACACAAGCAUGUCUGGUCACAGUUAUAGCAUCUACAAUGCAGUUUACAUUAUGGCAUAUGCUUUGCAUGCUAUAACUUCAUCCAAGACAAAACAGAGAGGAAACAUGAAAGAGAUUGGACAAGAUCGAUUAAAUCAGGAGCCAUGGCAGAAAAGACCACGUUCCAUGUGUAAUGACCAUUGUGUUUCAGGUUCAAGUAGGAGCGAAAUUGAAGGAAAGCCAUUUUGCUGCUAUAAGUGCUUUUCAUGUCCAGAAGGGAAGAUGGCAAGCAAGAAAGAUAUGGAUGAUUGUUUACCAUGCCCAGAAGGACAAUAUCCAAACAACAACCAUGACUCAUGUCUUCCAAAACAGAUAGUUUUCCUUUCUUAUGAAGACCCCUUAGGAACCAGUUUGGCCAUUAUGGCAAUUGCCUUUGCUUGUAUUGCCAUUGUGGUACUUGGGAUCUUCAUAAAAUACCAGGACACUCCCAUAGUCAAGGCCAACAACCGGAACAUCACCUACCUUCUGCUUGUCUCUCUUGUGCUCUCAUUCCUUUGCAGUUUUUUAUUCAUUGGACAACCUGAAAAGGUGACUUGCCUUUUCCGACAAACAGCAUUUGGGAUUAUCUUCUCAGUAGCCAUUUCUUGUAUAUUGGCCAAAACCACCAUUGUGAUUUUAGCUUUCAUGGCUUCAGUGCCAGGUUCCAAGAUGAGACGAUGGUUGGGCAAACGAUUAGAUAAUUACAUUGUUGUUUGUUGUUUCCUCAUUCAAGUUGUUCUUUGCAUUGUAUGGCUUGUAACCUCACCCCCAUACCCAGAUGCUGAUAUGAACCUAGUGGCAGAUGAAAUUAUUCUAGGAUGUAAUGAAGGCUCUACUGUCAUGUUUUAUUGUGUUUUGCUCUACCUGCUUUUCCUUGCCAUUGUUGGUUUCCUUGUGGCUUUUCAAGCCCGGCAUUUACCAGAUAGUUUUAAUGAGACCAAGUUUAUAUCUUUCAGCCUGUUGUAUUUUUGUAGUGUCUGGUUGUCCUUUAUUCCAACAUAUCUGAGCACCAAGGGAAAAUACAUGGUGGCUGUGGAGAUCUUUUCUAUUCUCUCUUCCAGUGCAGGGUUACUGGGUUGCAUUUUUUCCCCCAAAUGCUUUGUUAUUCUACUAAGGCCUGAUCUGAAUGAUAAAAAGCAGUUAAUGAAAGGAAAGAAAGAAGAAUUAUAA